AACAAGCGGUUGCCAGGUGAAGGCAGACAAGCCAGACAGUUCCACAGCAUCCAGCACCUCACAGGCUAAUAGCCUACUAAUUCAGAGAUUUGAUAAAACCAUUGUAGAACCGAUUCAACUAUUAUUGACAAGGUGAGAUGAUAAGGAAUUUAUUUGGAGCCUUGACCUAGCCUAUAUAUUUGUUAUUGAUAAAAUGCCGACCACAAGGGUCAUCAAGCAAAAGCCUGUUAUUGAAACGAAAACAAGAGUCGUCGAAGUGAAAACGAAACCGGUUGAAACGAAACCAGGUUCGACAACUCAACACAAAGUCGCAGCUCCUCGCAAACCGCGGGCGUCGAGCUGUCCCAGAUGUAUCCAUAGCGACCGAUGCGAGACCAUGAAGACCCAGCAGCAGGUCAAGCUGUGCGCUCCCAGGUGCGAUAGGAGAGCGAGAUCAACCUCCACCGCUCCCAAAUCAACACUCUCCUCUUCGAAAUCAGCUGUGCUCUGUCAAAAACCAACAGCCACGUCUCCAAAAUCAACUGUAACUUCUUCAAAGUCUAAAGAAGCAUCUCAGGCGAGGCAAGAAGAGGAACGGACUUCGAGACCCAGGGCGCACUAUGCAAUUCAGAGUCACAAAGCUUUCACGGUCAUCCCUCCUAACCCCAAGAAAAGAAUAGAGAUCCAGCAAAAGGCGGAGGCAGAGCUGGCAGCUUUGGAAGAUCUGAGGCUGAGCAGAGCCACACCCUAUGUCUCCAUUGACCCCAGCAGUGUUGGUGAGACAUGGCUACAGAUUGUAACACCAGAUAAUGUGAUUUAACCCCACAAUUUCAUAUUUAUACUGGUAGUUACAGUUGUGGCUA